CAGGUUGAUUUGCCUUGAUUAACUAUUGCGAAUGAAAUUAGAGUUGAGUCUCAAGUUCUGGUAAAUGAAUAACAGAUUGCACCAUUGAAAGCAGACAGAUGAUGUAAAGAUUGGGUUAAAACUGGAUGGACUUCCAAAAAUUUGAAACUUGGCUUUGGUUAGAGGUUAGAACUGCAUUCAGUGUAACUGUAGAUUAUUUCCAUUCAUCAUGAUUGAUUCAUCAGGCUGAGAAUUAACGGUGAUGAUUAUAUUUGAAAAGAAGUCUUUGGGUUAAUUGGAGCGUUGCAUAUUUGUUGAACAGAUAGCAAACUGACAAUAGUAACAUCAAAUUGAUGAUCUUUUCUUAAUCUAAUUGUGGUUCUUCAACCCAACAGUAGCAGCAAAAACACAAUAAUAAUAAUUAUAAUAACAGUAACAACAACGUCAACAACAAGAACAUGAUCAACAAUUGAGUGUCUUGAAUGGGUGUGAGAUAAUAAGGUGGCUCAUUAUGUUCAUUGUAACAGUCGAUUCAAGUUAACGUGUGUUACAACUUCAUUUUUUUCAACUCCUUUUUCUCCUUUCUUUUCUUCUUGUUAACAAACGUUUCUAUCAAAAUUUAGUUGUAAUUAACAGUAAAAGGUUCAAAAAUUGAUUAAUGGAUUAACUCAUUUUAAUAAUUUCAAGUUUAGUGGUUAAAUUAAUGUGUUGUCAAUUUUUAAAUUCAAAAAUUUGUUAUCAACUCAUCGCCUGAUUCAUCAGAGUUCAUCAUUUGUUUUGCCUUUACUUUCUUGGCAAAGCUUUUCUUUCUCUACCUUUUUUUGCCGCUCGUCAGCCAUUAUGGUUUUACUUCGCUUGUGUUUAUGUGUCUUCACAUUGGUGUUUUUAAUCACAAUUUGUGAAAGUAAAAAGGCUUAUUCUCGUGAUGAAAAGCUCGGUAAAACAGGACUGAACCCUAUGAUAAAGCAGAAAUACUGUAAUUUGGAGAACUAUCUUCUCGAUGAACAGAAUCACCAAAUUUUUGAAUGCAUCUUUAAACCAACUCAUGUGAAACCAAAUGAGAUUCGGGAUUGUGUUGAAAAGUCAUUUCCAUCUGAUGAUUUCGAGACAUCUUACCAUAAAAUGAGGAAAGCUGUUUGUACCAAAGAUAUCACUUUGAAAGAGUUCGUUAUGUGCAUCAGGGAAGGUAAAGGCCUCAACCAUGGACAUAUUGUGGAUAAAUGUUUACUAAUCAAAUCAUCUAAAAAACGAGAAAACUGUUAUGAUAAAAUGCAAAGAGAUACAAUGAAAUGUUUUGUCAAUAUUCUUGGAAUCAAAUGAUCAAAUUGACCUUACUCGAAAUUACUAUUGGUAUUGCUUCCUAAACUCCAUUCCAUUCUGUUAUCUUAAUAACACCUUUCGUACGACCUUUCAUACGAUUAACCUGGAAAUUAUCUAUAAUUCAACUGAGAAUGGAUUUUUACCUCUUUUAUCUGAUUAUAUUGUCAACAAAACUCAUAUUUUUUGUAAUUUUUUAAUUGAGCGUUUAUUUUGUUAUGUUUUUAUGAAAAAAUACAAACUCGUUGAUUGAUUUAA